ACUUCCGGGCCAAGCAGCCGCUCCAGCCGGAAGAAGCUCGGCGAGGGUCUGGUUGGUCUCCACUCAUCUCUUUUAAUCUUGAAGACUUCAAAAUAUACCUGGAUCUACCAUUUUUUUUGAAAACUCCAAUACCAAGCAAUCAAUGACCCACCGUGCUCUUGUUAUAAUAUAGAAGCUUUUCAAUUCUUCAACUCUAAUCAAGAUUUUCUCCCAUUUUCCCAUGAAGCCACAUUGUUGUCUAUUCACUUUAGUGGUGAGUGUUACUGUGCCAGCUGCUUUUGCUUUGGAAGAUGUAGGCUUCAACCAAAUGACCCCACUGGGAGCAAAUCAUAGUUCUUCCAAUGCAUCAUUUCUCCCAAGUUUUGAACUCUCAGCAGAUUCCCACUCAGGUGAUGAUGUCAUCAUAGCCAGAGAGGGAACUAGUGUUUCAAUCGAGUGUCUUCUCACAGUCGACCACUAUGAAGGUGUCUAUUGGUACAACUCAAAAGGACAGCAGCUGGAUAACAGAGACAGAGGUGGAAAAUGGUUGGUUUCUGAUAACUUCCUGAAUAUCACCAACGUAGCCUUUGCUGACCGUGGGCUCUAUACAUGUUUUAUCACCUCUCCGAUCCGUGCCUCCUACUCGGUCACCUUGCGUGUUAUCUUCACCUCGGGAGACAUGAGUGUCUACUACAUGGUUGUUUGCCUGAUUGCCUUUACAAUCACUCUCAUCUUGAAUGUCACACGGCUGUGCAUGAUGAGCAGCCAUCUUCGUAAAACUGAGAAAGCCAUCAAUGAAUUCUUCCGAACUGAAGGGGCAGAGAAACUUCAGAAGGCCUUUGAGAUCGCAAAGCGCAUCCCCAUCAUCACCUCAGCCAAGACUCUGGAGCUCGCCAAAGUCACACAGUUUAAAACCAUGGAGUUUGCUCGUUAUAUUGAAGAACUGGCAAGAAGCGUCCCUCUGCCACCCCUCAUUCUAAACUGUCGGGCCUUUGUAGAGGAGAUGUUUGAGGCUGUGCGAGUGGAUGACCCUGAUGACGUGGGAGAAAGAAUUAAAGAGAGACCUGCCUUGAAUGCUCAAGAUGGCAUCUUUGUCAUUAACCCAGAGGUGGGCCGGAGUAAUUCACCAGGAGGAGAUUCGGAUGAUGGUUCCCUGAGUGAACAAGGCCAGGAGAUAGCAGUUCAGGUUUCUGUCCACCUUCAGUCAGAGACCAAAAGUAUUGACACAGAUUCUCAAGACAGCAGUCAUUUCAGCCAGCCUGAUGAUACAGGAUCUGCUGACUUGAACUCUAACUACAAAGAUGGGGCAUAUGAAAGCUGCCAGCUGUGAGCUACCCCAGUACCCACAAAAACGGCUCUCAGAAAAGGAACCUGUUUCAUGCAGGAAAUAACAUUUUUACCAAAAGAUAAGUAGGACUUUCCCCUUGCUAAUAUUAAGCACAUCAGAACAUGAAUUAUUACCAAAAUCUUUCUAAAAAUUCAGUGUUUUCCCUAUCUGAUCUUUCUCCGUCAUUUACCGUGAGCUUGAUUAAAUGACACAUGUUGAGAUUUAAAGGGGCCCGAGACAUCAGCGUAAUGGGGAAAGUACCACACCCAGAAUCACAUGGCUUCUCUUCUGGUCAUGGUUCUUCCAUUGUUAGGGCUGACACUUGUCUUUAGGCCUCAGUUUUCCCACUAACAAGAUGAGGGAUUUGCACUGUAUGAUACCUAAAGUCAUUUCUGGCCCUCUAACUUCUUACCUACCACCUUUAAACCAAAAGAAUCUUCAUCCCAUUUCUGAAUAAACCCUUCCCUAGACUUUGAGUCCCUUUUUAUGGAAAGGACCAAGCUGAAACUUCUUUCUGUGAUUUGGAUUCCCACACCAAUGCUAGGCAUAGAGGUGUGGGUGUUUUUCAGAUGUCUUGCUGGUGGAGCAUACAGUUGUAUAUGCUAGGUUGAAUGUCUCCAGUGUAGCCCAUGUCUGUAUUGUUAUACAGAUAUCAGGGAGCUAACUGCUCGUUAGUAAGCUACUUUCCAUGAGUAAAUUGGAACUUGUGGGGGUAUAUCAUGUCUUUUUAACUUACUGAGGCAUCAUUUAGCUCGUUGAGCAGGCAGUGAUUUCCCAACUGUUCUCCAAAAGUGAACAGUUCGUUCCUAAAGAAUAAUGUCUUCAUUGUUUUUAGAAUAGGAAACAAUGUCAAAUCAUCUGUGUCUGGUAAAUUAAUGGAUUUUGACGUUUCUGUUCAUAGAAUUUCUCAGGCUUUCCCUUUUUAAAAGUACUGGACUCUAUGAGAUGGUUCUGUGUUUGGGAUCCCAUUCCAGGAGAAGACCCACAGCUGAAUUCCUCUUGAGACCUCUGUCAACACUCUUGCCUUCCGUGGUCUUAAAUAUGGUGCUAAAGGUUGCAUGCCUCCUUAUCUUGUUCGUCUUGUUUAUAUUUUAUUGUUGAGGUUUUUAUUUUUGUGUACUUCAGGUGUAGAAUUUUGAGCUAGGGCUCCUUUUGUGGCCUUUCCGAGAAGCACUAACCUGAAAUAAGAUUAGAUAAUGGUGUGUGGUGUGUGUUACUAUAUUAAAUAUAUAGAUACUAAUACAGAUGGAUAUAUAUACACACACAUACAGGUGAUCUAGACGUAAAGAGGGAGAAAAAUUAUGAGGGAUGCCACCUGAUUCAACUGUGUAUAAUAAACACUUAGGACAGUAUUUCUUGCCUGGCUGAGAUCUGAUAUAAUGGAAUUGUACAUACUCUUCAGAAUAAUUUCUUCAGCUACAGUAAGCUUGGCAUCAUAUAAUUUUAAGAACUUGGCAGUGGAACUCCAUGUGCUUCACGUUUCUUCAUUUGGCUUCUGAUUACUGAAGCAUUACUUGAACAGAGGUUCCUGAGGGAAAUGUUCGGCGGAGGUUUUUAUCAGGAUUUUAAUUCAAGGUUUCAAAUGGAGGAAGGCAGGAAAUUCAAAGUGUGACCAGAUAGAACUCCUUUCUCCUUUGUGAAGGCUUAUCAGAAGUAAUACAUCUGCUCUGGAUAGCAUGAAUGAAUCGAUGUGCAGUUUUAUCAGAUGGUAUUACAGAUAAUGAUAAUGCUGCCUUUUCUGUCUCUCAGGCUGUUUCCAUGGAAACCUCCAGAGCCAAACAAAAGCUACCCGUCAUUUAGCCAAAGCUUGUCUUGGCUCAUAGACCUGUAUUUCUUUAAAGAACACUGUUUUCAUACAUUUGGCUAUGAGAGCAAGGGCUCUUGAACAUGCCCUAGAUUAUAGAACACUUUUUCCCUUCCCAGAAUGUUUCUCUUGAAAAUGUAAAAAAUUUUAAAAUCCCUUGUCUGAGGUCUGUCCCCUGAAUGCCCCUCAGAUCUUUAGAUAGCACCUUGCAACCUGUCCCAAUAUAGCAGGUUUGGGGUCAUUUUUAGAAUGUAGCUUGUCACAUUAAAGAGAAUGGAUUUACCCCACAUGUUCUCAUAACAGACAUGGGCGUUUGGGACCCUAAUGUAGACAUAUUUAAUGAUCAAAGUCCUGAGAAACAGGGCUUUGGAAAAAUACAAGAAAUAUUGGGAAAAAAAUAAGUUUGCACAAUACUAUAUAACAAUUAAGUAUAGGCUACUCCAGUGUAUCCUAGAUAAAUCACUUUAGAAAUGUAAUGGUGACUUAAUUUGGUGGCCAAAGUAACUGGAUUACUUUGAAUAUUCCAGGUUAAGGUGCCACUGAUAAGGAAUUAAAGUAGGUCAAAAUUUAAGUGGAGCUGAUAUCACUUUCUAAAUCUAGUUGUUCAGAGGAAGAAAACCACACUCACUAACAUUUUCUGUAGCUAAUCAAAUACUCUUCGUAUAUAAUUAAUACUCAUGUUAUCUUUUUGUAAAAUCCUUAACCUUUUGAACUUAAACUCCAGUCUAACAGUCUUUUGACAAUAGUGGUAGUGUAAUUAUCCUUCUGUCUUGCUAGAUUUUAUGGUUAGUGAAAAUGCCUUUACUCAACAAACUAUAUUUGAAAUAGUUGUCAUCUUAUUUACAAAUUUUGUCUUGUAUUGUGAUUUAAUGAACCUUACUGUCCUUAUGAAAUGAAA